AUCCUUGUCCAAGCGUGGCAGCUGGUGCCAUAAUUGGCAAGGGAGGUGAGACUAUUGCUCACUCCAGAAAGAUACAAAUGCCCGAGUCAAGAUGUCAAAGGCAAAUGAUUUUUACCCAGGUACAACGGAGCGCGUUUGUCUGAUCACAGGCAACGUGGAUGCCAUCUUGACAGUCUUGUCAUUCAUAAUGGAGAAGAUAAAGGAAAAGCCAGAUCCCAAUGCCAAGCCAGCCAUUGACUUUGAUAAUAAACAGACAGCAGAGAGAGAGAAACAGAUUUCAAGAAGUGCUCGCUCCCCACAGGUGAAGAUUUUGGUCCCAAACAGCACAGCUGGGAUGAUCAUUGGGAAGGGUGGCACUUACAUCAAGCAGAUCAAGGAGGAAAGUGGAGCAUACGUUCAGAUCUCUCAGAAGGCCAAAGAUCAGUCUCUGGCUGAACGGUGCAUCACAGUCAUCUGUGAGUCCGUUUUUCCUGCUAUUCACUUUUUGUAUAGGCCUAAUUUAUGUUGCAUAGUGACAGUCAUAGUUUUUUCAUUUUUCGGGGCAAGAUGGUUUGGUUUAUGCUUUACUGUAUAUGCACAAAUUACUGCUAUGCUUCAUAUGUGGAUAAAUAAAGUUGCACACACUUGUAAGAUGUUAAAGCUGCACAACCACAUAAUUGUUGUAUAUGAAGCACUGAGGAAUUGGAUCAUGCUUCUAAAAAUCGUCGUACCACUGUAUGUGUAUCUUAAUGUAGGCAUUUUGGGACCCCUCUAUAUCUCUGCUUCUACUGGGCCGAUUCCAAGGAAACUUUGUAUUAUUAAAAAUUGGCCCGACUACACUCUGGCUCCCAGAACCCUGUUUUGGAUUUUGUAUAUUACUGCACUGGACUCGCUGUCGCCGAUUCCAAUGGAGCUUGUCAAGGGUGAAGAUCGGCCCGACUGCACCGAGGCUCCAAACGGCCAAGUUCUUAGCUAG